ACAGUGUUGAGUGCUGCAUCUCCAUAUUUAGAAUAUGUGACUGCGAAGUUGGAUUGCCCAUUGGACAGUAUCCGAGAAAACGGGGUUUGCGUGUGUGAUUUCGAUAAGUGCGUGAAGCCGAACUGUGAUAAGAUAUUAAACGUUAUCGAGCAAGAGAGUCCUGUCCCUGGUUCAUGCUGUCCUAUCUACAGUUGCGACCCGUGCACCACCGAGACCAUCCUGGCAGGAAACUGCUCCUGCGCCCCCAAUGCAUACCUAGACAGAACCGGAAAAUGCUUGUGUUCCGAUCCGGAAAAGUCCGUGCAGAAUGGGGAGUGCGUUUGCGACGUGAACAAAUGUCCCUUGGAGCACAUCUGCGACUCGAACUCCGUGAAAGUUAGAGAAAAGAAAGACUGCUGCAUGGUAACCGUAUGUAAAACCUGCCCAUCGGACAGUCAUGCUUAUAUCUAUAACGAUGGUCAGAUCGAAGACAAAUGCGUCUGCUUCCCAUGCCCGAAACCCUCCUGUCCCGAUAACCAGAUCUUGAUUAACAAAAGGAAAGGCCAAAACAUCCCUGGAGCCUGCUGUGACCUCUACGAAUGCUCAAAUCGCUCCUGCCUCGUUCAAGGCAAGUCCAUUAACCACAAUGAGACUUUUAUGUCUAAAAGUAUGCCUGGCGUGGAAUGCAUUUGUAAGAACGGCGUCUCGAUGUGCACAAGUCUGGAAAAACCGGAGGAGCAGAAGCAGGAUCCGAAGAUGCCGUGCUUCAGCGGAGAAAAGAUCUACAGCCAUCAAGAUACUUGGAUGGAAGAUUCAUGCACCAACUGCACUUGCAUUAACGGGAAACCUAAAUGUAUCUCGCAUUUCUGUAUCGUGAAAACCGAGUUCAAGAAAAUGUGUCCAUCCAUGUCGAACUGCACCAAAACUUGCGACGCUGGGUACAAGCAGAACAAAAAUGGAUGCGAAAUCUGCAAAUGUCGCGAGGAUCCCAACAACAAGUACAUCAAACUGACCAACCUCAUCCAACUGCUGAAGGAACUCAACCUCUCCGAGAGCGACGCCAUCGAUAUUAUCAAAGAACAUAUGUUAUCAAAACACACGAAUCCGACCUCGAACAAUAUAUGUCAAAACAAUAUCUAUUUCUCCAUAUUCGCAUGCGUCGUCUUGGUGAUCUUUCUCAUCGGCGUGGGCAUAUACAAAUGCCACAACAUGGAGUUCUCAUACUCGCCGAUGAACAUCAAAAAGAAGAAAACCGUAAAGACCUGUGAGCUGCAGCACUUCACGACCGGCGACAACAAACUCAGCACCAUCCACUAAAAACGACGCGACGAAAAAUUGUCGAAACAAAAUUUCUCGACUUCUUCAAACAUUACGAAGCACAACUCAAGAAAUUUUGUUAACGACAAGUUUGAGAGAAAGAAGAC